UAUUAUACAUAGAGAUGGUGCCAGUCAGCCGUCACCGUCAGUCUUUAGCCUGUUUCGUAGCGAUUCUGACGCCUUUUCACCGUGUGAAGUGCCGUGGAAAAUCCACCAUUGCAUUGAUUCUUGUGGAGAGUGGAGAGACAUUGUGUUCGCUUUUGGGUAUCUUAUUUUGAUUAACUUAGUCGUUACGAUUGCACCCGGGAGAUCAGCACUGGUACCUUGAAAUUCGUGGUUCCCGAAGCGCAUUGCAACAAGUGUGUGGAACUCUCGUGGAGUGACUUGCGCACCUUCAGUAACCUUCGACAGCAGCACCAGCAGCAGUCGAGUGUGUCGGGGCAAUUAAAAACAGCUUCGUGUGGUUUUGAUUUGGGAAUUCCGCAGAAUUUCACCGAUUCGAACUCUCGAAGGUUGCACAAAGCUGCGCGGCCACCUUCUGUUUGUAGCAACAAUUUGCCACACGAGAAUAGAGAGAUAGAUAAUUUCCCUCAAAAAGUGCCUGCUAGUGAAGUGAAGUAACUGAGUGUGUAGUACUUGUGGAUGAGCUGGUUAUAAAACAUAACUAUGCUUAGCCCCAUUUUUUCGUGUUGCGCGAGCUGGGUGUGAGUAAGCGAGACGGAAAGCCGCGCGCUUCCGAAGGCUUGAGAGUGUACGCAAUAUAUUACCCCGAGAGACAAGUUUGAGCGAAAAUAAGGCAUUUAUUUUUUUCCAUUCGCUGUUUUUGGAAAUUCGAAAACGAGUUUGCGUGAAUGAGAUAGCGCACUUCGGACCACUACUCGGUGGCACGUUCCGUUAUAUUUUGGCGUGCGGAGAAGCUCUUCUCGGCGGUGGUGGAGCCUUGCGGUGCGACGACAGUUCAGCUUUCGUUCAAGUGUUCAAGAAACUUUUUGGGGAGGAAAACACCCGAAAAAAAUCAUAAAUAAAACAUUCGGAAACAGCGAAGCAGCGAGUGAUUGUGAUUUACGCAACAAUCCAGGUUCGCAUAUUUUCGCAGGUGAUGCUCGCGGGUGGACUCCUUUAUUAGCUAGGCCAGGCUGCAAACGUAUUUCGGACGCACGUAGUAAACAAUCGAGCCGCCUCUCUCUCUCGUGUGUGUGGAGGAAGUUGUGAAUGAAUGAAGAGCCUUCUGUUUGUGGCCAAAAUAGUUGCCUUUAUCGCAAAACGGCGGCCCCUCGACGCGUCCAGACUGCCACAGCCCCAAUAGUUAGGGUGGUUAAGAUAAGGGCCCCAAGCGUACGAUAGUCACCGUCGUCGUUGUGAGAACACUGCUUAUUAUUCAUCGAACAUAGAUUUAGACACCGGGCGCCGCAGCACACACCCCCAUCAUCAUCGCCUUCCAGCAUGUUCAUCUUGUGAGGCGAUAUUUAUUUCUGAACACAAUUACUCAUUACAAUAGAAUAAUCCCGCUGGACGCCAUCGAACGCCGUGAGACAUACUUCACUCCUCCAUGUGUAUGCGGUGCGUGAGCCGGCGGCGAAAAUUACCUGAAACUGUGAUUACAACAAGUGUGGUGCGCCAAGCGCAGGGUAAUUCCCUGAUGCAACACUUUUAAUCAAACGCUAUUUCGUUUGUUCUUGACUUAAGCGCACCCGGAUAGUUGGAGUGUUAGAGCAGCAGCUGCGCUGCUGAGUGCUGGUUCGUUUGGGUUCAAAAGGUGACACCGCUGCCACAUUUCGGGGUUUUGAUGCUUAUACUCACUUUCUAUCGGAGUUCAAAUACGCACGCAAGCAGCAGAGGAGAAAAAAUCAAGUGCAAUUAAAGUUUUGUUGAUGGUCGUAACCAGCAACACAGAUUAAAAGAAGAGAUUUAACGAAUUCUGUGAUUACCAUCUCCGGGGGAGAUCUGUACGCAGUACGCAGGGAACGAAAGAUAAUUUAAAAAAAAAAUCAUAAUAAAAUAAGAGAAGCAUGCUCUAAUGUGUGCGGCCUGAAAAAGUGGGAAAUUGUGUUUGAAGGUUGUACCUUUUAUUUUUUUUUUGGGUUCGUCGGUCGUGUUUAUGUUCGGUGGCGAAAUUCGGUGAAAUUCGGUGAGUGAAAAGAAAAGCCUACGGCACCAUCUGCAUCUAACGGGAGGUCGUCGUUUUUGGGUAGAAGCAUCAUAAAAUUCCAAGCUUGAAGAUCGCGAGUGGAACGAAGAGUGAGCGCGCGCGCUUUGUACUGAAGAGCAAACUCCCAAUCGCACAUAUAUAUACACAGCGAACCUGAACCUUAGUGAGGUAAAACCUUGCCAAGAUACAGCGGCAAGAUGCUAGUUCCGGGACAUGUUGUGUCACUGUAUGUGGCAACGUGUGGCUAUAACGGUGCGGCACUUGGCUCCGACGAGAAGGAGGUUGUUCUGCUGAUUUACGUAAUCAUCGACGUGCAGACAAAUAAUAUCGUUGGCAUCAAGCAGUACUUCGUCCGGCCAUCGAAUCCGCUGCAGGGCCGCGAGCAGCACCAGCAGAACGCACUGCUCGCGCUGAACUCGAGCAACAGCGCCAGCCAGAACAACAUCAGCUCCAGCAACACCUCGCUCGACCAGUCCGUCGGGACGACCUGUUCGUCCUCGUUGUCCACGUCGGCGGUAAAUACCACCUCGUCGGCAUCGCUGUCUUCCACGUCCCCAAAUGCUGCGACCACGGACAGUGCCCUCAGCCAGGAGAUCCCCGCCAUCGAAUCGCUGGUCCAGUCCAACGGUCGGCCGCUGGAGGAAGUGAUCGAACAGUUCGAUGCCUACACACGGUCCCUCCAGAUCGAUCCCCACGGGGCUAGCUUCCGGCUGGUUACCGACGGACAACUCCCAUUGCGACAGUGCCUGCAUCCGGAAGCCAGUGCCAAAGAUAUCCAGUUGCCCGCGUACUACUGGCGGUUUGCCGAUCUGCGGAAGGAGUAUGCCCGCUGCAAGGCUGGUGACCUUGCCCGCGCCCUGGUACCAGUGUCCGACGUGACGAAGCUGCACUCGAUGCCCCGCCUACCGACCCCACCGGCGUCCGUCGCCGAGAUGAUGCUAGAUCUUGAACUUCCAACAUACCAGGACAGUGAAUUUUACGUGAAAGAAGCCCGAGAUAUGGUUACAAUCAUACAACACAUGAUAUCGUUAGGUCAUAAAUUCGAAGCAAAUGAAGUAAUAAAUUUAAGUUUAGAACCUGGAAUAUGCUCAAUCGAUGAUGAAAUUGAUGGUACGUGCAUAGUGCGCGCACGUGGUUUACCCUGGCAGAGCAGCGAUCAGGACAUCGCUCGGUUCUUCCGAGGGCUUAAUGUGGCCAAAGGCGGCGUAGCGCUUUGCUUAUCGCCACAGGGACGCCGUAACGGCGAGGCACUGGUACGGUUCAUCUCGCAGGAGCACCGAGACAUGGCGCUGAAACGACACAAGCACCACAUCGGCAACCGUUACAUCGAGGUAUAUCGAGCAUCCGGGGAUGACUUCCUGGCCGUUGCCGGUGGAGCAUCCAACGAGGCACAAACAUUCCUGUCCAAGGGGGCCCAGGUUAUCAUUCGUAUGCGAGGACUGCCGUACGAUUGUUCGGCGAAGCAAGUGCUGGAGUUCUUCGCCAAUGGGGAAACCAGCUGCACGGUACUGGACGGCUCCGAUGGGAUACUGUUCGUGAAGAAACCCGACGGACGCGCCACCGGGGACGCGUUUGUGCUGUUCGCACAGGAAUCCGAUGCGCCAAAGGCGCUCUCGAAGCACCGCGAGUCGAUCGGCCAGCGGUACAUUGAGUUGUUCCGAUCGACCACGGCUGAGGUUCAGCAGGUUCUGAACCGCUCGAUGGAUCCCAAAACAUACGAACAGUCGCAGCCCCCGCUAAUUGCAGCGUUGCCGCCGUUGCAAAUGCCGUUGCUUCCGCAGCACGUUAUCACUAGUGGGACGGAGAAGAACUGUAUCCGGCUGCGGGGACUCCCGUACGAGGCGAAGGUCGAACACAUCCUGCAUUUCCUGGAGGACUUCGCAAAGCACAUUGUCUACCAGGGAGUGCACCUGGUGUACAACGCUCAGGGUCAGUUUAACGGGGAAGCAUUCAUUCAGAUGGACUCGGAGACGGCUGCUUACCAGUCAGCCCAGCAAAAGCAUCACAAGAACAUGAUGUUCGGCAAGAAACAACGAUACAUCGAAGUGUUUCAGUGCUCCGGCGACGACAUGAACAUGGUGCUGAACGGUGGAUUCCAGCAACCGACGAAUAUUUCGAAGCCAUCGCUACUCUCACCCGGUGGAACCAUCGUUGGUGCUCCGUUCGGAGGAUUCAGCCCAUACGGGCCACCAACUGCGGCUGUGUUGCCUCCGCGAGCUCAUCCCGCUGCUGCCUUCUACCCCCAGCCGAUUCUGUACUGGGGCUACCCGAGUCCGCCAGUAUCACCGACCGCUUAUUACGGAGCGCCGGCUCCGCCUGCGCCACACCAUAUGCCACCCAAUAUGGCACCUCACCAUCAUCACCAACCGGCACUGGUUCCAGUGGACCUGCAGACGUCGGUUUCGAUCACUGGCAACCCUCAGUCCGGAGGUCCGACAAGUAGUGGUGGCCGGGAAUCCCAGCGAUCGUCAACCCCGCAACCCAAAUCACCACUGUCCCCGAUCUCGUCCCAAUUCCCCACCCAGGGAAGCUGCGCUUCCUCACCGCCGACUACACUGACCAUACCGGUUCCCGCAACCCACCACCAAGCGUACCCAACUCCCCUUUCUCCCGUUCCUUUACAGCAACCUCAACCCCAGCAGCCCCUUCAUCAUCAUCACCAUCUCCAUCAUCAGCAGCAACAGCAACAGCAGCAGCAAGGGUUGCUCCCACCGCUCCCAAACUAUGAGCACCGAAUUCACGAGAAACUGGUGUCGUCUCCCGGAAGCAUCCUGACCACGGCCACACCCUCGCUCAUUCCAACACAAUACGUCGAGUUGUUCAUAGUUUAGAUUUGUGUGUUUGUGUGAUGUGAUGUGUUUAUAUGUGGUGUGUGUGUGUGUAAGUGUAUGUACGCGAGACGGAGUGUUCCAUAGAGUAUAUUAUCUGUCCCUCUCUUGAGGGUGUGUAAACUAUUUUAAUGAUUGUAACAGUGUGUACCAGGUGUACAAGUACGUUUUGCGAUUUCUUUCAUAUUUUUUUCAAUAAUGCUCAAUGGUGCUCAAUUCUCCUAGAAUUUUUUUAGUGUUUUCAUAUAUUCGGAAAAUGUGUGAAUAUCAUGCUAGCGAAUAUAUUUCCCUUCAGCCGCAAACUGUUUAUGGAGCGAUAUUUCCAUAUCUUCAUACAACUAAAGCAGGGCAAAUGCAUGAUCCAUCGAAUUAAUGGUAAUCGAAAGAAACUGAUGAGUGAGUACGGCAUAAGAUAGAACAACCCAGUUGGGUAACUUCUUUUUCUAGGUUAGCACUACGUUCCCAGUGGAACCUUUGUCUUCUCAAUGUAGGUAUUACUUACGUAAUUUUUAUUAGAAGUGCUUAGUACUCAGGUUUUUCUUCAAAGCAACGAAAGCACGUCUUUUUCACAUACGAAUACCUAGUAUCAGGGCCCGAAAUCUUCGGAGGUUAAAAAUGAAGACCGACUCUACUCUCAGUAGCUUCGUUUCGACUAGAACUGACACUAAAUCAUACCCGCGUACGCAACCUUAUUUUACGUCCAUAUAAAGAGGAACGUAAACUUGAUUUCUGAUGCAAAAAAAUUAUAGGAGGUUGUGUUCAAGACACGACCGCAUUGUUUACGUAGAACUACGCUGUAGUGUAAUUCAAGUCACUUGUUUACAACUGCGGAUAUUAUUUUAUAAUGCCACGAAAAUUUUGAAAUAAUCUUUCUACCAGUUGGUCGUCCUGAAAUGAUUUUUUGAUUGUAGAAUAAUUUGAUGAUAAUUGCUUGAUGAUUUAUUAUUGUGCUCGCAGAACAAUGCAUGCUCGAGAUAAGCUCAGCUGUCAUCCUUAGUGGAGAAUGGUUUGCUACUGGCAAGCGAAACCAAAUCACAUACAAAAUUCCAGAACGACAUUUACUUUCUUGGUGACUAAAUAAACGAAGUAAACUCUAUCUGCACGCGAACCCAAAUAAAUUUAUGACUUAUUAUAACUUAUUGAAUAACUUAGUAUUCCCCAAAAAACUUUUUGGUGCACAACCUUAACACCUGCUUCACCAUAGCAUCAGUUCAAUGCAUUGAUGCAAUGUCAAAGGAACCAACGAAGCCUUUAUGAUGGCAGAAAACAAACAAUGUUAACUGCUUGGAAAAAGGAUGAAUAUUUGCCUCAGCAGAGAUUCAUUACUAAUACCAUAGCGUAAAUAAUUCCCACCCGCUAUCUCCCCUUCUUGUUUAUAUUUAUCAUUACAAAUGAGGUUCCACCAUAGCGAAGAUGCACUAUUUUUACGUACGGGUUAUGAAGCACGCACAUACGCACACGAAUAUCCAUAUAUCGAUGGCUUGAAGCAACUAAAUAUACACACAAUCAUCUCUGUUUUCGCUCUUCUCAACAGAAGCCCUUUCUGGUAAUAUUGCCAGAACAUUUAUUUUCUUGGUGAGCUGACGAUAGCCUAGCUUGAUGAUUCCCCACACAAUUGUUUAGCUCAAAACAGUGUGAUGCAAUGAUUGCAAUGCCAGAGACAUCAGCGAGUGAGUAAUUUGAUCGCGUCCACAGCUUAGUCCGAAACGAAGACAUGUGAUGGCGCAAAACAAGGAAGAACAAGCGAUGUUCAUUGUUUCGUAUCUAGAACGUUACUGAAAGUUUGCAUUUCCUUUCUUUCCUUGUUGAAUUAAAGAUACUUCAAACUUCUUCAAAUCAUUCGUCUCUAGCCUUCAAACAGGCUCAUUCCUCAUAUUACUCCUCCACCACCAUUGAGAAAACCAUCCGAUCCCUCACCGUCUAACUCACCCAGCAACGGUGUUAUCCAGUCGGUGUCCUCACGAAGAAUGAAGUUUGCCUCAGCGAGAUCCACUGUUUAUACUCUAGGCAAAUAUUCCCCUUCAUUCUUCUUCUUUUCUUUUGUUCACGGAGACUCUACAUCUUACGAUUUCCUCUUCGUUGCUCGACGUUAAAAUGCUCGUUAUCGACGGCUCUGUUCGGGAAAGCACACAAAUGGACAGAAUAAAUGUAUGAGGAAAUGGGAAUGCUUCCAAUUUUCAUCAAUUUAAACCAUAUACAGACUAUGGGAUUGUAAUUUAUAGCAUAUCGAACAAAUCUUAGGGAUUUUCCGAUUCGUUUGGUAUGUAAAUCGCCAGAAUUCGUUCACGGCAAAAAUAGUUAUUAACGUUAUCUUUAUUUCAUAAAAACGUGACUUGUUUUCUGAUUUGGCACCCUUAAUGAAAGACGUAGUUCUACGUCAAAAGUAGUUACCCCAUCAAUGGACGGUUUCUUGUCUACCCAUCGUGAACUCAAACCCACGAACUUAGACAUUUAUCAAGUAUGCUAUAAAGGUCCUCGCGUUAGUGUUAGUAAAUAGCGAGCAAAAUAGCGCACACACACUGCACGCUAUUGUAUACGUGUGAAUAAUUUUCGUGCACGAUGCAAAAAAAAUCUAGCUCACCUGUAAUGUAUGUCAAACCACGUUGAACACAAACAUCGAUGCAUGCAUACAUGAUGCAUGGGAGAGAGAGGAACGAAUUCGUUUCGAGGGAAGUCACUUCAAAAUGCAAGAAAGACAAUUUGACUGAGAAGAACGAAAUGUAUAGUGUAAAAAAUGUAAAAAAUAUAGUCGAGUCGGUAGAGGGAGAUAGCGACUAAACGCCCGACUGACUGUUCAGCCGUUUCGGCGGAGAAACUGCAUGAAGAAGCCAAAAGUCAUUUCCGACUGAAUACGGAUAUAGUCAGUCGGAUAGUCAGCUAACAAUCCUCAGUUGGCUAUGACUAUGCCGAACCCUGCCUAGUAUAUAAAUAGUUUCUGUCAGUCGUUUGAAAAUUACUAACCCAAGAACAAUAUGAGAUGAAAAGAAAAAAAUUAUAUUGAAGGUAUAAAAAGUCACAGGAGGGUUGUGUCCGAGACACGUCCGCAUAGUUACCGUAGGAUUCCGUUAGGCUAUUGCUAUUGCAUGCUGAUUUUGGAUAUGUUUGGAAAAUUACAUCGUUCAGCUCUUCGAUAAUGAUUUUGUGGCCCUGAAAAGGGCCGUUUUAUUUGGUCGUAUCUUGGAUUUUGAUUUUUCAGAACGCGUUAUUUUCGUUCGGAUAUAGAUAAAGAAAAAUGUAUUAAAACAAUAAAUUGAUUGGUUCCUACGUAGGAUUAGUACAAAUUUUGGUGUGCUCCACAAGGUCUCAUUUUUUUCAGGAUUCGGACGAUGAUUUUUUGGUGCAGUCUUCGUUACAGGUCUGACGAUUACUUUCGAUGGUGCAGUUUUUAUGGUUGUUCCACUCCAUCUCUUCCCUAAUGUGGCUUAGUGAUCCUCCCAACCAGCCAUUUCAAAGUGCGUUGUCUGUAUUUCAAAGUGCGCUGUCUGCUUCAUGAAUGUCAGUAGUAGUCAAGGUCUCGAAUGGGUUCAUUACGAUCUUCCUAGCAGAAGCCUCCACGGCACGGAUAUAUCGCAUCCAGUAUGCAAUAGUAUGACGAAGCUUACUGGAGCAAAGUAGUACUUCACCACAUAACUCCAGACGUGCGAUGUUUCGUUGUUUAGCCAAAGGUGCAACCUUGUCCCUGGAUGUCAGCAAUAGGACACGGACAGCCCCAACGAAUUUUGAUCGGACGUAGAUGCAUACUCCGUACGUAUUUUUUGAGAUAUCGAAACAUAAGUGGAGCUGGAUUGAGGUUGCGGUUACCCAACGUGGGAUUUGAGGAGAAGCGAUCGUAUCUAGCGUAUUUUUGGAGCUUCUUCCACUUGGACUACAAACAUAGAAAUUCCCACUCAUGGGACUCUACGGAUUUGGUAAAACAUUAACAUCCUGACGUAUUUAGUCAAGCAAGAUCGUGAUUCAUUUUGUGAAAUACUGCUGAAAGACCUCUAUAGAUCUACUUGAUGGCCUUGUUCAUUUUAACGGACGAUGAACUUUGUGAACUGUACCAAAGUGGUAUUUGUCGAACGCUUGGGCAUUAAACCAGGACUAUUGACGGAAUGCCGGAACUCCUUGAUCUUUUUAGUUGACUUCCGACUGAGAUAAUCAUUUCUUUGAUAAUAGAAAACGGCCCACUUGAAAUGGCCCAGGAAGGAACUUUGCAAGACUUUGCAAGUCGCUACGUCCUGACUGCUGAAAACGCUGUCGAACUGUGUGCGAAGUCUAUUAUCUCCGUGAUGGUGACAGCUUCCACAUCACCGUUGGUCAUGUUUGAGGGAAGCUCUGUUUCAUUCCUUUGAGUAUUCACGUGUUGCCAGAACCCGUGAACCCGGUAAUUUCAGACGGCGUAGAAGCUGUGUUUGAUGUUCUUGAUGCGGCUGAUCGUUUAAUCAUCUGUAGUUCGAAUUGGCCUUGGAUUAACGCAUUUUCGUAGAGCCAGUAUGAAAUUUGGCAUGUUUCAGGAGGGGUGUCCUUUUCCGCUUUUUCGAACGCUUAAGCUCAUAGUUCGACCAGGCAGGUUUAAUAGGUUUACGUUUAGUUCGCAUAGAUAUGCGACGUGAACAACGCGCUUGGCCAGUGUCGGACUGAUCUGCCAUGUCUCGUGUUGUGUCGCUACUGUUGUUCCGCAAGACCCAUUCCAUGAGGUUAUACACCAAAAAACCCAUAUUUAGAGUGUGAAUAAUUAUUGGUCGACUGUUCAUUUCAUGAUGUCCAUUAUCCCUUUCCGGUACAACAUCGAGUCUCACUCGUGGUGUACUUGCAUAACAAAGGGCGCUAGAACGUUCAGCAGAGUAGUGAAAUCACUUGAUGUGCAACGUAUUAAAUAAUUGACACAGGUUAAUUAAACACAGGGGUUAAUGACACAGCACAUACGUCUCCAUCAGGGCUUCGAAAUAUUGAGCUUGUUAAGUAAUAUUGAAAAUAUAUUUUUAUCAGUGUAACGCGUUUAUUUUGCUUGUCGAUGCUGCUGUCACUUACUCGACGUCAAACAAAUUUACAACUGUGUUCAUUCAUAUUCAUUCUGUGCUAUCUGAGCUUUCAUUAAAGUUCGAGUCAUGAGAAUUCAUUCCCAUUUAUUCAUUGCCAUUGAAUUGUCAGGAAUGUUGCGACUGUUCAUUUUCCAUGUCCCGAUAAGUGUGUGAUUUUCUCAUUGAUCACAUUGCAAGAUCUGCACGUACACACACACAGUUAAGGAUUGCAUAGGCUUGGACGGCAAGGAAGCAUUCUGCAGAAUCGAUCCGAGUAGCGAAUGUAAACUUCGCCAGCCAAAGCUGAAUAUUGAUUUUGAUCCGUUUGCAAAAGAAAGCUCGGAAUAUUCCCAUUGCGGUCGUGUCUUGGACACCACCAUUUUAUGUUCGUGAAGCAUGUCUGACAAGUGGAACUGGAAUUGCAUAUUCACUAUGUAAAAUGAAAGCAUUUUAACUGAGACGGAGACCUUGCAUGAUUCCACAAUUUAAUUUCAUGUCACUAUUAUGAGCAUUCUGUACUCCGCUAUUUUCCUCAACGAAUUUCUCCGUUUCGUCAGUGUCCUAGAACGAUGUUAAUAGUGAAUGAACUGGUAUAUUAAUAUCAAUGAAUGACAAAACUAGGGAUAUUUCCUUUGGAUCACAUUCCGUGAACGCAGAGCAGAACGAAAAAGAGAAUGAACGAAACUGGAUGAAUCAACAGUGGGUGGCUUGCUGUGAUUGUGAGGUUUGGCGUUGGUUCAGGAAAGGCGGAAAGAUGUUUGCAUCAAUUGAUAGGAAAUAUUUCUACGCGUCUACACAAUUAAUAAAAUAUUAUCUUUCAUGAGAUAAACAAUUGAAUAACUGUAAAAUGUUACGCGUUAUCUAAACGUUCUUCAUUCUGUUUCGAGCUCUGUGUGUAUGUGUGUUAAAUCAACAUUUGCUAGCUCGCUCGCAAUUUUGGUUUCAUUCCAUACUAUUUUUGUUUUUAAGAGGGUUUAAACUUCUUCAGUUUAUUCACCUCUAGCCCUGAGAAGGGCCCUUGUGGAAAGAAACUCUACUCCGUCCUUCCCUUUCACCUGGCUGAGAAAGACGAUCCACUCCCACUCGACGCUCGCCGGCAACGACGUUGGUGUGGUUUCUCUUCUUCUUCUUCUUUAUUUAAUUAAAGAGACUUUAAACUUUUCAGUUCAUUCGUCUCUAGUCUUCAAAAAGACCCUUGAGAAACCUUCCUACUCGUUCACCUCUAUUGCAUUGAGAAGGGCACUCGAUCCCUCGCCGUCCAGCUCGCCCAGCAACGGUGUUGUCCAGUCGGUGCCCUCACGAGGAACGAAUGGUGUGGUUUCAAAUCGUGGAUGGCUUAUUUAUACCAAAUAAGUUGAAAACGAGCUGAAACGAAUGUUUCCGUUGCUCGCUUUUGAUGGGACGGGUAGGUAAGCACAAAAAUCGACAGAACGAAUGUAUAGGAAAAUGGGAAUGCUUCCAGUUUUCAUCAGUUUAAACUGUUUAAGGAUUGGGGAAUUGUACUGUAUAGCAUAUCAAACAAAUCUUAGAGAAUUUCCGAUUCGCUUGGUAUGCUAAUCAUCAGAAUUCGCUCACUAGGAAAUAAAAUAGCUAUAUUUCAAACGUGACCUGUUUUCUGAUUUGGCACCCUUCCUGAAAGACGUAGUUCUACGUCAAAACUUAAUUCAUCACUCAUUUGACACUGAGAGAGAGGAGCCAGCUCGCGUUUGUUGUGAUGGCCCUUAUGUCAGCGCGAACCAGUCACGGUGAACCAAGGGGAAGUAUUGAAAUAUGUAGAAAAUUUUAACAUAACAUUUUAUUGCAAGAAAUUUUAUGUGAAAAUGAUUUUGACGUCGGACUACAUCUUUCAUUUCUAUACUGGGGUGUAAGUUCAAAGCUUUAAGAACGAGAGCGUUACAUUAGAGAAACAGGAUUUCGAGCAUUGUUAGUUGAUAGAAAUGGUAUGUUAACCGCUUCAUUCGAAAGAUAGAAUGUCUAAUGUUUGUUAGUUAUUGAUCCAAAAACUAGUUUCAAUAGCUCAAAAAUUGCUUUGAAAGCAAGCUAUUGAAAUCACAAAAAUCUGUAUAAGCAGGUGCCAGCUUGGAAAUCCACUCAAUUAUGAUUGUAUAGCGAAUGGAUCAUGUUAUCGCUGAUCAAGAUUGAUAUGGUGAAGCUAAUUAUAUCACACCUUUUAGUUUUGUGGACGAGACUGAUUGGUUCACCUUCACUGUCUGUUCGGGCGGUUUGAGGAAAACCUGCAGACAACAAUGGUCACACACUUACUAGAAAUAAACUAUCAAUUUUUAGGUUAAAAGUUCUCUAUAUUUCUCUGGUAUUCUUCGCUUAUAUUUUCACGUUAGGACGUGUUCGCUCUGACUGUUUGGAAAGGAAUGAUUUCACUUCGUUACGCUGCUGUACUUCAUUGCCCACUGAUGGGCUGAUGCGCAGUGGGGAUGACGUGACGUGCGUUGAUGUUGCUGUUGUUAUUGUUUUAGUGCUUUUUCUCUAUGUGGUUCGUUUCUGCUUCGGUAGGAUUAUUUUGGAAUUUUGUCGUUUGUAUCAUGGUCGAAUAGAAUGUGAAACUGAAUAUCGUGCGCAGACUGUGCACUGGUUUUGUAGAAAAUGGGUUUGUGGCUACUUAUAAAUUUCAUCAUUUGUGGCUCUCAAUAGGCGGAUUUAUAAUACAUGAAUCUUACUUCCGUUGAAAACGGAACACUAUCGGUCAAUUUGAUUGGACAUUCAGUGCUUCUACUGCCUUGAUAAGCGACCUGCAUGCCAAAUUUGAAAUUUGAAUAUGAAUUUGUCACCAGCGAUGAGCAAGAAAGGAAAAAGACGUCGAGAGACUGGCAGUAUAACUCUCAUUUUCUUCCGAAUCGUGAUCACUGCCUAUGCAAACAGUUGGUACUGCAUCCUUUUUAGUCAACCUAUUAUUAUUUUCAUCGGACACAAAAAAAACUUUCCUCAAAAUGCACCUGGUAGAAACUAAUAAUAAUAAAAUAAUAUAUUCCACAUACGCUGCACAUUGCGUCGGGUAAAGGGUAAUAUCGGGGUCAUAACCGGAGGGACGUAGGACUACGCCAAAGGUUGUCAAAAAUAGAAAUAUUGGUUUAUUUUCAUUUGUUCGAAUUUAGGUCAAGUUAUUUCACUUCAGAAAAACAAGCUCAAAAUACGUAAUUCAUUGUUUCAUAUUUAUAUACAGUGCAGAUGUAAUGUAGACAAACUAAACGCGCAAACCAUUAUCAAAGCAGUGAAGCAAUAAAACAUCCGAGUAAACCUUCACCUUCAACAUUAGCAUGUUGAUUGUUUGGUGCCAAGAGCAAAACUUCAUCUCAAAUGCUGUGAAAAACAUCGUUUCCAAAUUAAUAAUCCACAAAUUUGUGUCUGCACCACCUUUCGCUGAACAGCUACAGUAAUCCGAACCGAACCGGUAAUGUUUUGACAGCGUAGUGAUAGCAACCGCCGCAAAACGAAACAUUCGAAACACCUUUUGUUUUCAAUCGAAGAAAACGGCUCUCGCCGCUGGAAAAUGCCUUCUUCACGCCCAGCUUGACUUUUAAUCCGGGAACCAUGAAUGAAUUCGCGAAAACUAAAUGAACGAUCGGAAAAAGUUACAAAUGAGCCGAAAACACCCAUAAAUUCACGCAAGAUCUCAUCCGGCAAAGGAAUCAUAAAAAUUUGUUUGCUUAUUAUUUCGGAUAUUGUUUUAGAAAUCAUCGAAAUAAUUCUUCAGGACAACUAUAUCGAAAUAGUCAGAAGUAAAAGAAACUUGUUUGAGUGGGCCGAUGCUGCUGGAAGCCAUGAUGUGGGCUGACCUAGUACAUCUUUCAUUGUAUCCCACAUGAUCAGUGUUCAAAUUUUCGUUUUCCCCCCAUAUAUUCCUGUUAGACGUAGUCCUACGUCAAAAACCAAAUCGAGGAUAAAAACGCACAAAUGUACUCACAAACAAAGAUUCACGUCAAGUUUGAACACUUUUCUCAUAGAUGAAUGACAACAACUUGCUUGAUUGAAAUUGUCCGAUUUGAAUUUUCUUGAUGAGAAAGCGCAAAAAGAAUAAGAAAAAAACAAACUAUCUGUCAUUCAGCUGGCUCCUCUCUCUCAGAUUUGACAUUUAAUGAUGACACUACAAAAUUACGUAAAUGCCAUAUCUUUAUACUAUACGCAUUGCAUAGGUGCGAAACUUGGUUUUCUCGAAACCACAAUCCAUACUUGUACAUCUGGUAAACUUAUAUACUGUUCAGUUUCGUUUUUUCCCUUCGAUACGAGCGGUGUAGUGAACAGCAACAAAUUUUCCUAACUAUAAGAGCCUUAUCUAAAGUGUGAACGAAAGACUAACCCUAACCCUCUUCGAAGAAAAAAAAAAUGAAUAAUCCACCAACGAUUCACAAAACGCAUUGCAUUGCGUACCUAAUCCAAGACAUACAUAUCAAAGUUUAUAACCAAGUUUAAUCCCACUAUAAAACUUAAGUACAAUAGAGAGUAUAAAAACGUAUACUUCAGAGAGACGUAGAUAUAUAAUAUAUUUUAUUGUAGUUUAAGCCCAGAUCAUAUAUUGAUAGCAUAAUGAGUACCAGUCUAGUUAACGUGUGAAAAGUUAGAGCGCGCGCGUAGAAAAGGACAAGUGAAAUAUAUGUUACCUUUAUCGAAGGCGUUGAAGACAUCUAGGAAUUAGAGUUUAAGAAAGAACGAUAUUUGCUCAAAACUUGACCAAGUCUCGCUGCGUUUGCACGGUCAAACACGUGCGUGCUCUGGUAGUUAUUUUUUACCUGUUAGGAAUCUAUAAACUGUUAAGUUUGUUUUUUGUUUCGUUUUAUGUCAUGAAUUUAUGCUUUGAUAAAUUGUGUAUUUUCGAACGAUUUUUUUUUGUUUUCAAAUUUUAAAAAACAACAAGCAACAAAUUUCACGACAUGUCUUCCAAAUGUUAAAUAGACUAGUUUUCGCAUUGAAGCAAAACACAACAUUCUUACCUAAUUUAUAUCCUAAUUUUAAGAGAACCUCCACCAAGAGGAGACACGUCAACGUUAGUAAAUUAUCAUCGAAACAAAUAAUUCAUAAGCACACAUGCAUCCGCUCAAACACAUUGUCAAGCGUCUUUCAAAACUCUAUGUGUGCAAAUCUAGAAGAAAUCUCGAAUCGAAGGUGCUUCAUAAACUACUACCAUCAUUGAUAUCAUCUUUGGCGAAACAAUUAACCAGAGCGAUGUAACAAAACAAAAAAAAAAAGAAUAGCAAAUAGCAAAGAUAAUUAUUUGAUUUAUUUUAUAUUGUUUUCACCCAUUGAAGCCAACGCGUUUGAACUGUGCUGCAAUCAUUUGCUCAACAUUAUCUAGCCUAUAGUUUACACUCUAUCAAUGGUGUGACAAAAUAAGCUUAGCUAUAUAAUUAAAACGAAGUUAAACGAAGGAAAAUACUACCUAAGGAUUUCAAAGCAAUACGACGACGACGAUUCCUAGCUAGCAGAAUGGAUAGAUGCAAAAUUGUUACUUAAUUGUGUUGAAAUAUCGAUUCAAAAUGUUUAUAGGAGAACACGUUUCAAACGUAUAACGAUUUGUUAUUUGUUGCAUCGAAGCGAAACGUGUGUAGGGAAAGAGAAUAGAAAGAAUAGAAUCGGAAGUGAAACGGAAGUAGAUAAACGUUCCAAUACGUGCAAUGUGCGCUCAAGGUA